GUUCUCUGUGAUCACCCCCAACGUCCUGUGGCUGGAGAGCGAGGAGACCGUGGUGCUGGAGGCCCACGGAGUGAAAGAGGACGUUCCGGUCUCGGUCACUGUCCACGACUUCCCGGGCAAGACGCAAGUGCUGUCCAGCGAGAAGACCACGCUGACCGCCGCCACUGGCCACCUGGGCAACGUCACCAUCAGGAUCCCGGCCAAGGAGCUGAAACUGGGCAAGACAAAAAAGUUCGUGACCGUCCAGGCGGUCUUCGGGAAUAACAACCCGGUGGAGAAGGUGGUGCUGGUCAGCCACCGGAGCGGCUACCUCUUCAUCCAGACGGACAAGACCAUCUACACCCCAGGCUCCACGGUUCUCUACCGGAUCUUCACCGUGGACCACAAGCUGCUGCCCGUGGGCCGGACGGUCAUGGUCACCGUGGAGAACCCUGAAGGCAUCCCCAUCAAGCAGGACUCCUUGUCAUCUCACAACCAGAACGGCAUCUUGCCCUUGUCUUGGAACAUUCCGGAACUGGUAAACAUGGGGCAGUGGAAGAUCAAAGCCUUCUACGAAAAUGCGCCGCAGGAGGUCUUCUCGACUGAGUUUGAGGUGAAGGAAUACGUGCUACCCAGUUUCGAGGUCACCGUGGAGCCUGAAGAGAAGUUCUACUAUGUCUAUAGUGAGAAAGACCUGGAGGUCACCAUCACAGCCAGGUUCCUAUAUGGGAAGAAGGUGGAAGGAACCGCGUUUGUCCUCUUUGGGGUCCAGGACGGCGACCAGAGGAUCACGCUGGCCGAGUCCCUCACCCGCAAGCCGAUUGAGGAUGGCACAGGAACAGCCACGCUGAGUCGACAGGUGCUGCUGAACGGCGUGCGGCCCUCCCAGGCUGACGCCCUGGUGGGAAAGUCCUUGUACGUGUCUGUCACUGUCAUCCUGCAGUCAGGGAGCGACAUGGUACAGGCCGAGAGCAGCCCCAUCCCCAUGGUGACGUCCCCGUACAAGAUCCACUUCACCAAGACGCCCAAGUACUUCAAGCCCACCAUGCCCUUUGACCUCAUGGUCUUUGUGACGAACCCCGACGGCUCUCCGGCGAUCCACGUCCCCGUGGUGGUCCAGGGCCACGAAGACGUGCCGUCCCUAACCCAGGCCGGCGGCGUGGCCAAGCUGAGCAUCAACACGCCCAACACCCAGGACCCCCUGCCCAUCACGGUGCGCACGAAGGCUCCUGGCAUCUCGGACGCGGAGCAGGCCUCCAGCACCCUGCGGGCCCAGCCCUACAAGUCCGUGGGCAAGAACUACCUGCACCUCUCGGUGCCCCGGGCCGAGCUCAAGCCGGGGGACUCCAUCAAUGUCAACUUCCACCUGCGGACGGACCCGGGCAAGGAGGCCAAGAUUCCCUACUACACCUACCUGAUCAUGAACAAGAACAAGCUGCUGCAGACCGGCCGCCAGAAGCGAGACCCCGACCAGAACCUGGUGGUGAUGCCUCUGACCAUCACGGCCGACUUCAUUCCCUCCUUCCGCCUGGUGGCUUACUACACGCUGGAGGGCGCCGGCGGCCAGUGGGAGGUGGCGGCCGACUCGGUGUGGGUGGACGUGGUGGACUCCUGCGUGGGUAAGCUGGUGGUGAAGAGGGGUUCCAAUGACGAGCGGAACCCUCUGCCCGGGCAGCAGAUGAGCCUCAAGAUCGAGGGUGACCACGGGGCCCGCGUGGGGCUGGUAGCCGUGGACAAGGGCGUGUUUGUGCUGAAUAAGAAGAACAAGCUGACCCAGAGCAAGAUCUGGGACGUGGUGGAGAAGGCUGACAUCGGCUGUACCCCGGGCAGUGGGAAGGACUACGCCGGUGUCUUUGAAGACGCAGGACUGGCCUUCAAGACCAGCAAAGACCUUCAGACCACAGAUAGAGCAGAACUCAACUGCCCGAAACCUGCUGCCCGCCGCCGUCGUUCUGUGCAGCUCACGGAGAAGAGGAUGGACAAGGCCGGCCAGUACCCCAAGGAGGUGCGCAAGUGCUGUGAGGACGGCAUGCAAGACAACCUCAUGAAGUUCUCCUGCGAGCGCAGGGCCCGGUUCAUCACCCAGGACCAGACGUGCGUCAAGGCCUUCCUGGACUGCUGCCAGUACAUCACAGAGCUGCGGUUGCAGCACCAGCGCGAGGCAUCCCUGGGCCUGGCCAGGAGUGAUUUGGACGAGGACAUCAUGCCGGAAGAACACAUCGUUUCCCGAAGCGAGUUUCCAGAGAGCUGGCUGUGGAUCAUCGAUGAGUUCAGGGAAGCACCAAAGAAUGGAAUCUCCACGAAGAGCAUGAACAUAUUCUUAAAAGACUCCAUCACCACUUGGGAGAUUCUGGCUGUGAGCCUGUCGAACAAGAAAGGGAUCUGCGUGGCUGACCCCCUUGAGGUGACAGUGAUGCAAGAUUUCUUCAUCGACCUGCGGCUGCCUUACUCGGUCGUGCGCAAUGAGCAGGUGGAAGUCCGAGCUGUCCUCUACAAUUACCAGGAGGCACAGAUUAAGGUGAGGGUGGAGCUGCUUCACAAUCCAGCCUUCUGCAGCCUGGCCACCGCCAAGAAGCGUCACCAGCAGACGGUCACCAUCCCGUCCAAGUCCUCGCUCUCCAUUCCUUACGUCAUCGUGCCCCUGAAAGUCGGCCUACAGGACGUGGAGGUCAAGGCUGCUGUCUACAAUCAGUACAUGAGCGAUGGUGUCAGGAAGGCUUUGAAGGUCGUGCCGGAAGGAAUCAAAGUCAACAAAACCGUGGCUGUUCGCACCCUGGACCCAGAACACCAAGGCGAAGGGGGGGUGCAGAGACUGGACAUCCCACCUGCAGACCUCAGUGACCAAGUCCCUGACACGGAGUCUGAGACUAGAAUUCUCCUGCAAGGGAACCCGGUGGUCCAGAUGACAGAGGACGCCAUCGACGGGGAGCGGCUGAAACACCUCAUCGUGACCCCCUCGGGCUGCGGGGAGCAGAACAUGAUCAGCAUGACGCCCACGGUCAUCGCAGUGCACUACCUGGACCACACCGAGCAGUGGGAGAAGUUCGGCCUGGAAAAGCGACAGGCCGCCUUGGACCUCAUCCGGAAGGGGUACACUCAGCAGUUAGCCUUCAAGCAACCCAGCUCGGCUUACUCGGCCUUCCUAAACCGGGCUCCCAGCACCUGGCUGACCGCCUACGUGGUCAAAGUCUUCUCUCUGGCGGUCAACCUCAUUGCCAUCAACUCCGAGGUCCUCUGUGGGGCUGUCAAGUGGCUGAUCCUGGAGAAGCAGAAGCCCGAUGGACUCUUCCAGGAGGAUGGACCUGUGAUCCACCAAGAAAUGAUUGGUGGCUUCCGGGGUGAUCAGGAGAAAGACGUGGCCCUCACAGCCUUUGUUCUCAUCGCACUGCAGGAGGCGAAAGAUAUCUGUGAGGGCCAGGUCAACAGCCUGGAAGGCAGUAUCAAUAAGGCAGGAGACUUCCUUUACAACAAUUACUUGAACCUGAGGAGAUCAUACACUGUGGCCAUUGCUGGCUACGCCCUGGCCCAGAUGGACAGGCUGAAGGAAGAACACCUCAAUAAAUUUCUGAGCACGGCCAAAGAUAAGAGGAGCUGGGAGGAGCCUGGUCAGCAUCUCUACAACGUGGAGGCCACAUCCUAUGCCCUCUUGGCCCUACUGUACUUAAAAGACUUUGAUUCUGUGCCCCCCGUCGUGCGUUGGCUCAAUGAACAGAGAUACUACGGUGGUGGCUAUGGUUCCACCCAGGCCACCUUCAUGGUAUUCCAAGCCUUGGCCCAAUACAAAAGAGAUGCUCCCGACCACAAGGAAUUGAACCUGGGCGUAUCCAUCAACCUGCCCAGCCGCAACUCCAAGGUGUACCACCGCCUUCUCUGGGAAUCUGCCAGCCUCCUGCGGUCGGAAGAGACCAAGGAAAAUGAAGGUUUCUCACUCAUAGCUGAAGGGAAAGGCCAAGGCACCUUGACGGUGGUGACAAUGUACCAUGCCAAGGCCCAAGGCCAACUCACCUGUAACAAGUUCAGCCUCAGGGUCACCAUAAAACCAGCUCCAGAGACAGAAAAGAGACCUCAGGAUGCCAAGAACAGCAUGAUCCUGGGCAUCUGUGCUAGGUACCUGGAAAACCACGAUGCUACCAUGUCCAUCUUGGAUAUCUCCAUGAUGACUGGCUUUGUUCCCGACAUGGAGGACCUCAAGAGGCUGAGCAAUGGUGUCGACAGAUACAUCUCUAAGUAUGAGCUGGAAAAAGGCUUGUCCGAGAAGAAUACUCUCAUCAUCUACCUGGACAAGGUCUCACACUCUGAGGACGAUUGCAUAGCCUUCAAAGUUCACCAGUACUUUAAUGCAGAACUUCUCCAGCCCGGAGGAGUCAAGGUCUACUCGUAUUACAACCCGGAGGAAUCUUGCACCCAGUUCUACCACCCAGAGAAGGAAGAUGGACAGCUGAGCAAACUCUGUCGCGGGGAGCUGUGCCGCUGUGCUGAGGAGAACUGCUUCAUGCAAAAGCUGGAUGACAGUGUCACCCAGGAGUACCGAGAAGACAAGGUUUGCGAGCCAGGAGUGGACUACGUGUACAAGACUAAGCUGGUCAGGACCCAGCUGUCCACAGACUUCGACGAGUACGUCAUGGCCAUCCAGCAGAUCAUCAAGUCAGGCACGGAUGAGGUGCAGGUUGGGCAUGAGCGCACGUUCAUUAGUCACAUCAAGUGCAGAGACACGCUGGACCUGCAGGACGGGAAACACUACCUCAUGUGGGGCCAGUCCUCCGACUUGUGGGGAGAGCCGCCCAAGAUCAGCUAUCUCAUCGGGAAGGACACCUGGCUGGAGUUCUGGCCCGAGGAGGACGAAUGCCAAGACGAGGAGAACGCAAAGCGAUGCCGGGACCUCAACGGCUUCACGGAGAACAUGAUUGUCUUUGGGUGCCCCAACUGACCACGCCCC